AUGCACACACCAGCCUACCCGAGCUCGGCACACUUCGCUGCCAGCUUUGCCAUGGUCGGCGGUCAUCCUUCCAUCAUAUCAAUCACUCAAUAUAUCCAUCGAUGUUCCCUCGAGAAGGGAUCUGCUCGCGAAGGCGAACUGGCUGUGCGGCGAAGAAAGCCAGGGUCCAAAUCUCCCAUGGCACCCUCCCGGCGAUACAUGAACUGCCGGCAGAAGAUAUGGUUGCUAACGCGCUGCAAAGCCGACAAGUUUGCUGAGGUCGCGUCAAUCGAGGCAGGCGAACCGGACUGGACCCUUGCUACGCUUGAGGGGAUCUAA